AUGAAUGAUUCACUUUUAAUUGAAGAAUUCAAUAAUAUUUUAAAUGGCAGUGACAAUUUGGAUAAUAGCUUAAAAGGAUAUGAUGAUCAUGGUCAUGGAGAUCAUAUUUUGAGCCAUGGAGCCCAUAGCUCACAUGAAAUGCAUAUGUCGAUGACAUUCCAUGGUGGUUACAUGGAGACAAUUUUAUUUUCUUGGUGGAAAGUGACAGACAUGGGAGAAUUCAUGGGAUCAUUUUUAGCAAUAUUCAUAAUGGCAUUAUUCUAUGAGGGUCUGAAGUACUACAGGAAACACUUAUUAUGGAAAACUUACACAGGAUUACAAUAUUGUGCAGUUGCACCUCCAGAUAAAGGUGUGGCGAAUAUUUGCGCAGCAGAUGAACCGCAAGUUAUACAGUCCAUGCCUCAUGUACUAGAAAGGAAUAUACCUACAAUGAUGAGUGCAGCACAUGCAUGGCAGACUGUUUUACAUGGAAUACAAGUUCUUGUUAGCUACAUGCUUAUGUUGGUGUUUAUGACAUACAACACAUGGUUAUGUGCAGCAGUUGUACUGGGAUCUGCUACUGGUUACUUUCUCUUUGGUUGGCGUGAAUCUGUUGUUGUGGACUUCACUGAACACUGUCAUUGA